AGGGAACUUAUAAGCGAAGAUCUCUAACAAAAACUAUAAAACAUUUUGCCUUUAUCUUGAACUUUUUAUAAUUUCUAACAAAAAUUAUAAAACUUCUUGCCAUUCUAUUGAUCUUGAACUUUUUAUAAUUUUACAUGUUCAAAAAAAAUAUUUAAUAUCAAAUAAAACAGGAGUUCACUCUAAAAUCACUGAGAAGAGACAGACGUAUCGAGACGUCGAGGCGCCCACGAGAAAAUUCAUCAUCUCCGAAGUAAUCAAGUAAAUCGAACCCGAGGCUGCCAAGCGUGGUUGUUUUCAUUUGACUAAAGCCUGAGAGGGGAUCAGAGAAAAGCUGUAAAAGAUGAAGAAGAACAAAAAUUUCCGAAAACGAAGUAUAGCAGACGAAGAAGAUGAACAAACAGGAGUUACAGAAGACGGCAAUGAGAUGCGAUUAGCUUUAGAAGAGAUCAAAUUUCUUCAAAAACUGAGGGAGAGGAAGUCAGGAGUCCCAGCGAUUGUUAAAACAGGGCAAGCUGCUGCAGCUAGCGGCGUCAACAAUGCUGGUGGGUUGGUUCCCAAAAGUGGUGAUAAGGGUGAAGCGGAUGGAGAAAAAGACGAUUUAGUUUUACAGGAUACGUUUGCUCAAGAAACUGCUGUAAUGGAUGAAGAUCCACAUAUGUUAAAAUAUGUUGAGCAAGAGUUGGCUAAGAAAAAAGGGAAAAACAUAGAUGAGGCAGAUCAAGUUGAGAAUGAUAUAAAACGAGCAGAGGAUGAAUUAUACAAAAUUCCAGAGCAUCUUAAGGUCAAACGAAGGAACUCAGAGGAAAGCUCUACUCAGUGGACCACUGGAAUUGCUGAAAUCCAGCUUCCCAUCGAAUUUAAGCUGAAAAAUAUAGAGGAAACAGAAGCUGCGAAAAAGCUUUUGCAGGAGAAGAGGCUAAUGGGCCGGGCUAAAACGGACUCCACCAUACCUUCAAGCUAUAGUGCUGAUUAUUUCCAACGUGGCAAAGACUAUGCUGAAAAACUUAGAAGAGACCAUCCUGAGCUUUAUAAGGACAAAGGAGGAGCAAAUAACAAUGGGGAGGCUAGAGCCGGUGAUUCUGCCGCCACGGUAGAUGGAGGAGCAGGUGGAGGAGGUGGUGGUGGUGGUGGUGGAAGACAGGCGGCAACGGAUGAAUUUAUGCUUGAGAGGUUUAGAAAAAGAGAACGCCACCGUGGGACCAGGAGAUGAUUAAUGGAUGACAAAAAAAACAAGUUUUUGGUGUCUUGUACUUUUUAAAUCCUUGAUACACGUCUCCUGUCGUAUUUGUACCUUUUAUGAUAUUAGAAAAAAUUUCGCUUUAAUUAAUUUAUUUAUGUGGCUAUUAUUCAUUCACAUCCAUCUCUCCGUUUUUGAAUGGAAAAUGAAAAUGAG